AUGUCUAAAGCAGGCAAAGUCAAGGAAAAGGAUACAAAAAUAAUGACGAGGUUUCUUCUGGGUGGAGACCCUGAUCUUGAAUUCAAGAGACCUACUGAGAAUACAAUUAAGGUUGGUCAAGUGAAGUCUAGAGAUGUUGGAUUUUUCUCAAACAAAAGAAAUUCCCUCCCAGAUCAAGUUGACGAGGAAAAUGAGGAUCAGCAGAUUGAUGAUUUGAAAAAUCAUCUACGAAAGGAAGGAACCAUUGAUGUUUCUAAAUUCAGAAGUGAAUAGAAGUCGAAACUAAUCAAAGAAUUACUCAAAUAAGAUCCAAAUAGAACUAUUAAUCACUAAAACUACAGUGAAGAGUUUCAUUACAACCUGCAAAAGUAUCUGAACAGCUCUACUGAUGAUAAGUUGAGAAGGAAGAGAAAUAGAAAGUAAGAUGUUAUAUUGAACGGCAUACCUAGAUAAUAAAGAGAGCAAGUAUUAAGUGGAGAAAAGUACAAUUAUAUUCCACCAAUCGGAGCUUAUUCUCCCAAGUUUGAAUUCAUUUUGAAAAAGAACUAUUAAGAUAUCAAAUUCAUUAAAGACUCAAUCCCAAAGAAGGAGUAGUCAUUAGAAAGAGAUAGUAGCAAUGUUUCUUUGACUAAAUAUGCCUCUGGAGAUUUGCCCUCAAUCAUUAAAACUCUUGAGGUUCCCUAGUAUCCUUAGAAACCAAGAGCUCACAUCCCUAAUGUUUAUAUAUCAAAGUUUAGUAAUAGGAAAAAUGAAGCCUUAAAAGUAAACAUAGCAGAUGACUCUAACAUUGAGUAUAAGAAUAUUUUCCCAGAAAUACUUGCAAGGAAUAAAAAGCAAGCAAUCAAUAUCAGCCUUGAUAAAUAGACUGAUAGGUCAAAGAUAUACAAGGAUCUGGCAAACGCUCCUUAGUACACUAUUAGUUACAAUUUAACUGAGAAGAAAUCACAGGCCCCUCUUAUAAUUGCCCUACAUGCAAGAGACUUAGCUCUAAAUGAUACAUUCGACUAGAUUUAAUUGAAAAAGUCUCAAUUUUAAAAUUAUCAGAGUGCCCGCACCAGUUUAGAUAACAGCGAUCUCUAUAGAGAUUUAAAGUAAUCUUCCUCAAGGCAUAAACUUCAUGAAUUAAAUGUGAAAGCUGUUAAUUUGGUGGACUAAGGGAAACAGUUUAUAAAGAAGGCCUAGAAGGAGUAGAUUGAUCCUGAAAAGGAGUUCAUCUUAAAAAGACUAAAUAAAAAUGAUUUAGUAUAAUGA